ACCACCUUAUGAUCUGGAAGACAGAAUAAAAAAAUAAAAAGACACAGAACGGUUAGGUUGGGUUAGUUGUAUCCACUUUGAUUAAGAGCUUGAAGGAAUUACUUAUGGUAAGUUGGCUUGAAAAACAUAGAAGAGACACUAACGGUACAAGAAAACAUCACUGUCAAUUGAUAUGUUGCUACAACAUUCCUACCCCAUGCAACAUAUAACCUAAGCCAGCUAAAUUUUUACAUGCAGUAUUUUCUCAUUUACUUCAAUGGAGAUUAUUAAAGCACUCUUUGUGUUACUGGUUUUGGUUUUAAAUGCGGUUAAAAUAUUGAGUGAUGAAGGACUCCUGAUUCUUGAUUACUACAAAGAAACAUGCCCCUUAGCAGAAGAGAUUGUGAGCCGAAAUGUUGAGGUUGCAGUGCUCAAAAAUCCUCGAAUGGCUGCCUUCCUCCUUCGCUUGCACUUUCAUGAUUGCUUUGUCAUGGGAUGUGAUGCAUCAGUUCUUCUAGACAACUAUGGAGACAUUGUUAGUGAAAAGCAAGCAGUACCGAACCUUAACUCUUUACGUGGAUUCGAGGUCAUUGAUGAGAUCAAGUACAUUUUGGAAAAGGCUUGUCCCCUAACUGUCUCCUGUGCUGAUGUUUUAGCCAUGGCUGCUCGUGAUGCCGUCGCUUCGAGAGGAGGUCCGAGGUGGAAAGUUUUGUUAGGGAGGAAAGACUCCCUGAAGGCAAGCUUUGAUGGUGCAAACAAGUUCCUUCCUGCUCCAAAUUCCUCUCUGGAGUCUCUCAUUGCCAACUUUAACCAACAAGGUCUUGACAUAGAAGACUUGGUUGCGUUGUCAGGUAGCCACACAAUUGGAAAGGCAAGAUGUUUGAGUUUCAGACAAAGGGCGUACGACAUAAACAUAGAAGAAAAGUAUGAUAAAUACAGAAGAUACAAAAAUUUUCGAAGAAUCCUACGGUCCAUAUGCCCCAAUUCUGGAAGGGAUGAUGCAACUGUACCUCUUGAUUUUUCAACUCCUACAAAGUUUGACAAUCAUUAUUACAUUAACAUUGUUGAAGGAAAGGGUUUAUUAGGAUCUGAUAAUAUUUUAGUCACUGAAGACCAUGAAGGGAAGAUAAGAAAGCUGGUGUGGGCUUUUGCCUCUAAUCAAGAGCUUUUCUUUACUUCAUUUGCGUAUUCAGUUGUUAAGAUGGGCAAUAUAAAUGUACUCACUGGAAAUGAAGGAGAAAUUAGAAAGAAUUGUAGGUUUGUCAACCCUUAGGUGAUGUAAAAAUGUCAUAAACCUGUUGC